AUGGAUCGGGUCUCCCUUACUUGGAUCAACAGCCAUCUCACUGAGAAGGAAUACAUUGGCAAGUUUGGAGCUGACUCCUUAUGGAGGUGGCAGGCCAAUGCGGAGGUUGAUAGGCUGGUGCAAAACCGAGCCAAUGAGAGAAGGGAUUUGGCCUGGGAACAGAGCAUCCUCAUCGAGGAUGAGGUGGUCAUCAGAGUGAAUGCCCUGUUGGCGCAGAGAACGGCUGCGAUGUUUCAAUAUGAUCAGCUUGAGGGCCCCCAGGUUGUUUAUCCCGACUCCAAAGAGGGCAAUAAGCCUCCGCAGAAGAAGCUUCGUCGAGGGCCCAAGCAGACGAAGCUUUUUAAGGCCCAAAGGCAGCAGAAAAGAAAAACCCAGGAGGCUCCACCUGGUGAAGGCAAGCUGAACAAGAGGCGACAGAUGGAGGCCAUGCUUGGCGGUGCUAGCCCGGCCUUGGGGCACACUUGGGUGGUUGGGCAUCAGUCCAGAGACCAGCUCACGAUCAAGUGUAGCACCUGCGGGCUCUAUGUGCAACAAACGGAGUCGAUUACUACCUUCGAUAGGGAGGUUAAUCACCAUUGUUUGUUUCAGGGCCUGAGUUUCGCAAUGGCCGCCCAUGGGGCCGCGACAUGGAGGCAGAAGACCCUGGUGAAAACCAGGGCACAGACCAAGCUGGUGCGAUACCAGUUGAGCCGGCCAGGAGAAGUCUCGAGAAACCUUCCCAUCCCGGCUUCGGUGAUCCGUGAGAAAGGGCUGGGCAAGCACAAGGCAAAGCCAAGGAAGGGUGCACUGGUGGAGGCGCCGCCUCAAGCUGAAACCAGGGCGGCAGCCAAGUCAAGACCAGAGGCGGAUGAGUACUCGUACUACACGUGUGAGGAGGAGUCUGCCGAAGUCCAGGAUGCUGGCAAACGUGAAAAAUUUGUGGCGGUUGUAAGAGCAGCUGCCAAGGAACGCCAGCGAGGCAGCUCUGCUGAGGACACAGCAGGCGCCACAUCCACUGAGCAAGCUGGUGGUUCAGUGGCGCACACCGAGGCCCCAGUAAAGGGGCCUAGCCCUGGAGAUGACCAGGAGAUGGUGGAGCCAUCUGGGGAAAACCUCCCACCUGUCAAGGAGGAUACCACGGAGGAAGAGGUCAGCAUGGCCCUGCCACAGGAGGAAGCAAAGGCCCCAACCACAGGGGACUGCAGCUCAUCCUCUGAUGAAUCCAGUAGCAGUAGUUCUGCGACAGAAGGGCUGGUGAAGGAGCCUGAGCAAAUGGCGGCGCCUGGUGCUGACCAGGAGAUGAGCAGGACAGAGGAUGGCACUCUCAGUUUUGCCAAAGCCAAGGCGCCCCCGCCGGGAAUAACGAUACCUGGUGCCGACCAGGAAAUGAAACAAAGGGCUGAGGCCAGUACCAAGGAUUACAUGAUGAAGGCAGCCUCACAAGUGAAAGAGGAGCUCCCAGGGGAAACCAGCCCUGAAGGACCGGUGGAAACACCUAAGGAAGAGGACACCAGAAGGCCCGAAUGCACAGGAAACGGGACCACAACCUAA